ACCACACGUCAUCUUUUUUAUGACACCGAUACUCGUUGUUCAUGGGUGGCUUUGUAAAUAGCUUCAGUAGCUAGCCUGCCACACAUUCUAGCCAAAAUACGUGAUCGUACUCGGCGCGAAGAAAACAUUUUACGGUUUGGAUGUAAACUUCUCCACAACAGCAAUGAAUGACUGACCUACUUUGAAGGAUGAUGGCCCAGCGGUCUGAACGUCGUCGGAUCCAUCUGGACCAGUCCGAUCUGCUUUGUACCAAAGGAUGUGGUUUUUAUGGCAACACAGCUUGGCAGGGCCUGUGUUCCAAGUGCUGGCGAGAGGAAAACCAGCGAGACAAGCAAAAACAGAUCCAGGACGACUGGGCUCUAGCUGAGAGGCUGCAAAGAGAAGAAGAGGAAGCCUAUGCAAGCAGACAUCAGAAGGCCCAGUCCCAGGCCGCUGUCACACCUUUCAACAAAUUUGAGGAACGCAAGACAAAGGAAAAGUCGAGCAAAGUCAACACUGUCACCAAGUUUUUCACUCCCUCCAGCAAAACGCCACCAAAGAAAGAUGCCACCGCUCCUUUGGAUUCUCAGUCCAGCCCGAGCUCCUGCUCCACAGCGAACCGGCCGUCCUCGGCGGACACUGACCUAGCAACAAGGGAGUUCAUUGAUUUCCUCAAGCCUCUGAAAUAUGGCCGGCAAAUCUUCAGACAGUGUCGCGCUUUCACUGAGAGCAUGGCCUACAAGCGGGACAUGGGUGUUGAGGACAUGUCCGAAUGCGUCCAGGACUUCUACCAGAGUCUGUCAGAGCGCCUUCACACUCAAUUUAAAGGCUCCUCCGAGUAUGUCGAGGGCAUCAUGGACGAAGUGGAGAGGUACAUGACCACGCGUCUGUACAAGGAGGUUUUCUGUCCUGAAACGUCAGAUGAUGAGAAGAAAGACCUGGCUGUUCAGAAGAGGAUCAGAGCCUUGCACUGGGUCACCACUGAGAUGCUGGGCGUUCCCGUCGAUGAGGAGAUCCCCGAGGCUUCCGACAGUGUGGUGAAAGCCAUCACAGAUGUGAUUGAACUCGAUUCCAAGCGGGUACCCAAGGACAAGCUGGCGUGCAUCACACGCUGCAGCAAGCACAUCUUCAACGCCAUCCGCAUCAGCAAGAAGGAGGCGGCGUCGGCGGACGACUUCCUGCCCACGCUCAUCUACAUCGUGCUCAAGGCCAACCCCCCGCGGCUUCAGUCCAACAUCCAGUACAUCACUCGCUUCUGCAACCCCAGCAGGCUCAUGACCGGAGAGGAUGGCUACUACUUCACGAAUCUGUGCUGCGCCUUGGCAUUCAUCGAGAAACUGGACGGCAAGUCGCUCAACAUGACCUCUGAGGAGUUUGACCGUUACAUGUCGGGGGUCCAGGUGUCCCCCAACUGGCCACCGGUGGACGGCGCCGCGCUCACCCAGGUGCACGAGCGUCUGGACCUACUGUCGGGCCUCGGCGAGCGGCAGGAGCUCGUCAUGGAGCGAGCGCGGCAGCUGGAGAGCGACCUCAUCGACUGGACGGACGAAGUGGAGCAGAAUGUGCAGAGCAUCCUGGAGACGUUCGAGGCGCGUAAUCCUCCCGUCGUGACCUCCUCCGGCAGCGCGGCGACAGGCGCGGCAACAGGCACGGCGACAGGCGCGGCAGCGGUCUCCUCGGCUAUUGACUCUGACAACGUUGAGAACGAGCACCUGCCACCGCCGCUGACGCCGCAAGUGUUUGCCGGUUGAUGCUGGUGGAACUUCGAUACUCAUGUAUCCAUCCAAAUUAGAAGGCCCGAAGCUCCUUCUGGUGCGCGUUAAGAAUAACCCAUUAUGACUGGGUCGCACCUGUUAUGAUUCACUCUGUGACCGAGACAAAGUGUGUCAUGUCCGACAUUGGAGGUGUGAAUAUGACUCGAACCACGCCCUUAACUGUCUGCCAAUCAAUCACAGGGCAAGUCUGGCCGCUACAUUACUAAGAAUGCAGGUAAGGAUGGACACUAUUCUCAAAGUUAGGAAUUUUAGCCUUUUGGGUGAAAUUUCAGGAUGAACCUCAAAUUAAAUAAUUACUUUUACAGCCGAACUUAAUUUAGCUUUGGUCUGAACUUUUGAAUGCACAUGUCCGACUUUUAAUGUUGUGAUGAACUGCAAAAUACACGUGAGAGGUUUGGUUCGUGAAUGGACUUCGUUUGAUUUGAAUUUAAACAUCGUCAUCUUCAUCAUGCGGUUCAAAUUUGUGAGACCAAGAUGACGCCUAAUAAUUGAUCAACAGCACCUUACUAUUGCAAGGCUUCACACAAGAUAUUCUCAGAUAGACCCGUCCAAUCAGCUUAGGGUGUCAGUGUCAGUAGGGUCCGAGAGACUGGAAGAGUCACAGAAAGUCUUAAAUGUAAGUGAAUCUCUGUUUCGCUCAUGUUAAGAGAAUAACAAUUUGUGCCAAAAAGUAUUGAACAAGCUAAUUACGGUUCACAAAAACUCACAAACUAAUAUUGAAAAAAUUUUUGUUAAUGUAAUAAAA